GAAGGAGUGGGGUUAGGGAAAGACUCGGGCAGGGUUGUGUUGAGAAUGAACAGAAACAGAUAGUGAACAUCACCCAUAAAGGAUCCAGACGUCCAGCAGAUUACACCACCAGCACCUCCUUCAACAACACCACCACUCCACCGGGUCCCUCCUCUCCGCUACACCGGCACCUCGCAGCCAGAGAGAGACCAGGCGAAGCGUCCUCACCGCCUCCUGCGCAGACACUGUCCGACAAGGGAGAGAGAGAGAGAGAGAGAGAGAGAGGGAGGGAGAGAGGGAGAGAGAGUCAGUAGUUGCUCUGACAUUAUAGAGACUCCUACCACGUACUGUAGGUUACUUUUUUUCCUCCCGGCGACGUCCUCUGCUAAGUUGCGCUCCUGGAUUUUAAGCGCGUCUUGGCGAAGUCCGUCCCCAGCAAGCAGCGGCUCCAACCUUCCUGUCACCCGGCCGGACCAAAGCACCGGCGGACCGCUUCUUGUAGCCUUUUCACUCACUUCACUCGGACCAGUAUUCGUGCGAAAUAAAGUACGAAUGCUGGAAUCUUUGAGUUGAUUGGAACAAAUAGAAAGCAGAAAAAAAGACAGAUAAAGAAAGAGCAGGAGAGUGACGAGAAAGAAGAAGAAAGAAGAGAGUGAAGAAAGCACAGAGUUCUUUAGAAGGAGGAGUGAAAGAAAAAAGACGGGGACGAUGGGGAGAAAAAAGAUUCAGAUCACGCGGAUUAUGGAUGAACGCAACAGACAGGUGACAUUUACAAAGCGAAAGUUUGGCCUGAUGAAGAAGGCGUACGAGCUGAGCGUGCUGUGUGACUGUGAGAUUGCCCUGAUCAUCUUUAACAGCACCAACAAGCUGUUCCAGUACGCCAGCACAGACAUGGACAAGGUCCUGCUUAAAUACACCGAGUACAACGAGCCCCACGAGAGCAGGACCAACUCCGAUAUUGUGGAGACAUUGAGAAAGAAGGGCCUAAAUGGCUGUGAUAGCCCGGACCCCGACGCAGACGACUCGGUCGGCCACAGCCCCGAGUCUGAGGACAAGUACAGGAAAAUAAACGAAGACAUUGAUCUGAUGAUCAGCAGACAGAGACUGUGUGCCGUGCCCCCAUCCAACUACGACAUGCCUGUGUCCAUUCCCGUCAGCAACCAGAACAAUCUCAUCUACAGCCAUCCCGGCGGCUCCCUGGGAAAUCAUAACCUGUUGCCACUGGCGCACCACGGCCUACAGAGAAACAGCAUGUCUCCCGGAGUGACUCACAGACCCCCCAGUGCAGGUAACACAGGUGGCCUCAUGGGUGCUGACCUCACCACUGGCGCAGGCACCAGUGCUGGAAACGGAUAUGGGAACCACCGCAACUCUCCAGGUCUCCUGGUCUCUCCAGGUGGCAUGAACAAGAACAUGCAGACUAAAUCCCCCCCACCCAUGAACCUAGGCAUGAACAAUCGCAAACCUGACCUACGUGUGCUCAUCCCCCCUGGUGCCAAGAACAACAUGCCCUCCAUCAACCAGAGAAUAAACAACUCUCAGUCUGCUCAGUCAUUGGCCACCCCUGUGGUAUCAGUAGCAACUCCCACUCUGCCAGGACAAGGCAUGGGCGGAUACCCAUCAGCCAUCUCUACUUCAUAUGGUACAGAGUAUUCCCUCAACAGUGCAGACUUGUCCUCCCUGUCUGGCUUCAACAGCAGCAGCUCCCUUCACCUCGGCUCAAUGAGCGGGUGGCAACAGCAACAUCUUCAGAACAUGCAGCAUUCAGCCCUCGGCCAGCUAGGAAAUUGCUCUAGCUCUCACUUAUGUCAGGGUUCAAAUCUGUCCCUGCCCUCUACUCAAAGCCUGCACAUCAAGUCCGAACCUGUUUCUCCUCCUAGAGAUCGCACCAGCAGCACACCAGGGGGCUACGGUGGAGUACCGCCUCCCCAGAACCCCUCGUCCCGCCAGGACUCGGGACGCUCUCCCGUCGAUAGCCUGAGCAGUUGUAGCAGCUCCCACGAGGGCAGCGACCGCGACGAGCACAGGAACGAGUUCCACUCGCCUCUGGGACUAGCCCGGCCCGCCCUGGAUGAGCGCGAGAGCCCCUCCAUCAAACGGGUGCGCCUGUCAGAAGGAUGGGCCACAUGAUAUCUCCGUCCACUCCCUGGCAAGUGCCCUGAGUCGACCUGAGCCCCCCCUCCCCCCGACAACAACGCAGCGUUACAAUGACCCCCAAAGUCAACUCCCUCCUCUCCUUCUCUCACUUGAUAUCAUGAGUCACUCACCGCCCGACCCCACGGCCUCUCCUUUAUCUCUAACGCUGGAGGAAAGAAAAGGGACAGCCCUUUUCAUUAAAAUGUUUAUUUCUUUUCCUUUUUUAUUUUCUGUUUGCUGAGUGUGUGUGUACUAUACAUAUUGACAUAUAAAGCAGUGGGGUGUUGUAAUGGGGGUUUGGGAG